CACGGUGGUUGGAAACAAGAGGAUCACCAGAGGCAGGAUGGGAUUAUCAUGGCAUCUGCAUCACUGAUUCUGUUGUGGGCUAUGGCGAUACUGAGAGCAGACUCACUUCCCGAUAAAAACUCUUUACUUCUCCCACCUACCAAUUUCACCAUCAACGUUAUUGGUCUAGCUCAGGUUCUUUUGCGCUGGGAACCAAAUCCUGAUCAAGAGCCAGGGAAUGUGGAGCUGGGCUAUCGCGUGAGAAUAAAUGCUCCGCAAGAAGAAGAUUAUGAAACCAGAAACACUGAAAGCAAACGCGUAACCGUUCUUCAUCAAGGCUUUUCAGCAAGUGUGCAGACCAUUCCGUGGGACGGCCACUCCCUCCUCGCAAGCAACUGGGUUUCUGCAGAGCUUAAAGCCCCUCCGGGGUCUCCUGGAACCUCAAUUAUGAAUUUAACGUGUACUACGACGACCACGUUAAAUAACUCUAAUCCAUUAAGGCCAUACCAAGUUUCUCUUUACUGUACCUGGCUCGUUGGCAAGGAUGCCCCCGAGGAUACCCAAUACUUCUUCUACUAUAGGUAUGGUUCCUCGACCGAAGAAUGCCAGGAGUACAGGAAAGACACACUUAAGAGAAACAUCGCGUGCUGGUUUCCGAGGACGUUUAUCAGAAGCCGAGGGAGUGACUUGCUGGCGGUGCACGCUAAUGGCUCCAGCCAAUGUGCCGCAAUCAAGCCUUUAGAUCAGCUGUUUGCUCUGCAUGCAAUUGAUCGAAUUAAUCCUCCUGUGAAUGUCACAGCAGAGAUUGAAGGAACCUAUCUUUCUAUUCAGUGGGAGAAACCCAUUUCUGCCUUUCCAAGUCACUGCUUUGAAUAUGAAGUGAAGAUUUACAAUGCAAGGAAAAAUUAUUUUCAGACAGAAAAAAUGACAACGAAUACAUUCAUCUCGAUAACUGAUGAUAUUUCUAAGUAUUCCAUUCAAGUGAGAGCAGCCGUGAGCUCUGUGUGCAGACAGACGGGGUUAUGGAGUGAGUGGAGCCAAACAGUAUACGUGGGAAAUGAUGAUCAGAAGCCCUCCACAGAAUGGUUUCUCAUCGUGCUUGUGGCAACCAUCUGCUUCAUCCUGUUAAUUUUCACCCUCAUCUGUAAAAUAGGUCACUUAUGGACCAGGCUGUUUCCACCGGUUCCAGCACCGAAAAAUAGUCUUAAAGAUUUCCUUGUAAUCGUCAGCCCUGAGAAAACUGUUUCCAGUGAAACAGAAAUUGAAGUCAUAAGUUACGUGGAAGAGUCUGGACUUGAGACCCUGGAAGAUUCUGUGUUUUGA